GGUGCGCUACGAGAGUGGAUGAUACUAUGUAACCCCAAGGUGAACAGUUGAUGAUGGCGAUGGUUGCUCGGCCAUUUGUCAUUUUCACCCGCAAGAAAACAGUGAAUAUUCAUUCACUAACAGGCCGUUUUCCCACUGUAGCCUCGUGAACAACGGAGUUGGCUCCAAUGGAGAUGCAGGGCCUCCGUCUGGGGAGGACGGCGCCCAGCGGAGAGGAUAGAUCUGCGUGUGCGAGCUCACUUACUCCAAGAAUGGAGAACUACGCGGAGAUAUUUGACGGAUUUGCUGCAUCCUGCUCCAUUCCGGUGCUUGCGCUCCCAGAAGCCAUGGAUGGCUGCGAUGAAGAGUUGGCGGGGUCGCAAAACUCUGGUUUGAACUAUUUCGAGAUCUUCGGGGUUCUUGAUGCCGGAGGCUUGUCAUUAUCGUACGAGGAGCUUUUCUCCAUGGAGAGGAAGGGGUCGAGCGAGAGAGAUGAGGACGACAGGUUAAGAGACAAAGGUGUUGCCCAGGUGGAGAUAGGAUCUCCCGGGUUACCAGCUGAAAUGCGAGUUGAACAUGUAACCGCUCCAAAAAUCGACCAAAUAUCCGCAAAGUUUUGCUCAAAAUUUGAUGCAGGUAAGAACAGCAAACAAAGCGUGCCAAACGAAGCAAAAGCCACAAUAUGCGUAUCAAGGAAUCAAGCUAACUGUGGACCUGAGCUUGAAGCUCUAACAGAAUCUCAUCCAGGAAUUGUCGAAGAUGACGGUUCUGGAAAUGUGGCAAGUGAUGAUCAUAUACUAAGUGGGUAUGUAACAGAAGAAAAGGAGGCAGAAAAACAAAGUGAAAUCCUUAAUAGAUGUUUUGUGAGUGCUAUUAUAGAUAGUUCUGAAAGUGAUUUGAAUGGUACUCAGAAGCCUCAUUAUAUAGAUGAAGCUUAUGAUUUAAAGCAAUGCUCACCCUCCUCUAGUUAUCACUCGGCAUCCAGUGGGGAUGCACCUCUCACCGAUUAUUCAUUUUUGACAAUAUCAGAUAUCAAUCUCCGCACUCAACCCUUGGAAGUAUCGCCGCCUUUGAGAGCAGCACCCAAGUUAGAUAUGAAGCAAGGAGUGUCUAAAUCUCGGCCACCUGAUGCUUCAGAUAUUGCUUUCAAUCAAAAUUACCAAGCUCAUCAUGUUGGAGGUCCUGGAACAUGCCAUUUGCUCAAAGAGACUAUGAAUAGUACUCUUCCUAGUUAUUCUAACGUGGAGAUGGAUGGCAGCAAAGCUGCUGCAGCUUCUGCUGCUGCUGUGAUCGAAGCAAUGGAGCAAGCUCAAGCUAGUCUGAAGAGUGCAAAAGAGUUGAUGGAAAGAAAGCGGGAUGAUCCUCGGAGUGAGAGGAAGCUGGGUCCUUAUGAUUUUGGCUUCUGGAAUGAGCAAAAUAUUAGUUUCUCUGGACAUUCAAAGCAUAAAACGAAGAAGUUACAAAAGUUAGUUCACAAUCAGGUAGAGAGGGUGGUACCUUCAUUGCUUUCUGAGGAUGCUGAAGAAGUAGUACAAGGUGAAGAGUCUGGAUCUUAUAAGCUACCAGAUCAGAAGGAAAGGUGUCACGAAUGGAAAAUUGACAAGCAGUUCUACGAGCUGGUCAGCAGUGAGAAGUUGAUGAGAUCAAGAGUGAUCAAUGAUGAAAAAUGUAGCAGCAAUGAAGACAUUAAAAUUAGGCACCAACUCGAUGCUCACCAAUACUAUCCUGAGAAGGAAACAUGUGGUUUGAAGGGUCAAAGGUUUCUACAGGGUGGUGACAAUGGUGAAGAUGAGAAUAAACUGGAAAUGCUCAAUACAUUUAGAAUAAAUGGGAAGAAAACGUUUUCAGGAAUUGAAUUUCAAAUGCAGGAUGGUAAUGCUAAAUGGUUGAAAUCUGGUAUCAUAACUGACAAAGAGGAGGCCAUGAACAUACUUGAAACAUCUGCCAGAGAUGACGAAGACAAAGAAGAACUGGUUGGAGCAGUUCAGGUUCCCAAUGAUGACAUAAAAAAGGCUGUAGACCCAAUCAAAUUGAUUCAACAAGAUAGAAAUGAGAAUAAACUAAAGCAGUGUCAGGAAUCCGGUAUUUGCGCGGCGGAAAAUAAUAAUGCCGAUAGUGAUUCAGAAUUCAAUAGCUGUGAGAGGAGUUCUUUGGGGUUAAUGGGUUUCUUUAUGGAUGGGAAGUCUGAGGAAUUUGAUGGAAGUGAAGCUCUGAAAGAGAAGCUGGAUCAAGUUAAAAAAGCACAUCUACACACCUCUAGUAUGGAUGAAAUUAGUGAAACUUCUGUUGUUUUUGAGUAUGAUGAGUGUAGGUCCGAUGAGGUAAAAGUUGAUACAAAUAACAUGGAAGCUGCUAGAGAAGAAUCCCAACUCGGCAUGUUUAAGCAGAUGAAAAAUGUGUAUCAUGCUAGUUAUAAUGAUGGGAAGGAUUCAGAAGCGGGGGGCAUUGAUAAUACUUAUAAACCGGAAAAUAUGAGUUUCAGUGGCAAUGGUAAAACCAUUGAAUCUGUGAAGAAAAGAAGGGCUAAGUGGAACAUACCAAACAGGAGUAACUUGAAUGUCGUGAAGCUGUUUGUGCAGCCAGUUUGUUCUGAGAAGACAGAUGAAGCAUUAGAAUUUCAGAAAAGUGAAGAAAAGAAUGUAUUUGAGAUGCCACAGAAAUUUGAAAAUUAUGAGGGCAGGCUGACUGAUUAUGAGGACAGGUUGAUUGCUAAUGGGGAAAAAAGAAAGGAUGAAAAAAAAUUUCUUGGGAAAGUGCAAGCAGCACUGGAGUUGGAAGCCCAACAGGCUUCCCAGAGAAUCAGAGUUCAGAACUCAAAAGCUGUUCAGCAAGCCAAUCAAGGGGGCAACAAAGUAGACAUUCCGAGACCAUUUGUGGAUGCUUCAGGAAGUUCAUGGAAGCAAAUGGAGAACAGUACACCUGAUGGAUGGAUAGAUGCUGAUAAUAUAAGAAAAGAUAUAUUGGAUAGAGAAAGAAACAAAGUAGACAAUCAGGCUGAGCUGAAGAGAAAAUUAGUGGAGAAGGAAAGGGUAAGAGAACAAGAAAAAGACAUGACUGCUCUUGAAAAUACAACUCAUGAAGCUUGUGAAAGGGUAUUUGCUGAAGCUAGGGAGAGUUCUGAAAAAAAUUUGCUCGACAUGAAUGCUGCUGAAGCUCAACACCGGCCUAUCACGACAUAUCGAGAUGUAAUCAAGAGUUCUGCUGAAGCAUUUGAAAUGUCUGAAAAGAUUGCAUGUGAUGCAAAACUGCAGGCAGAGUGUGCUGUAGCUGAGCGGGCGCCAGCAGAGGCUAGAGGGUGUGCCCUUUCCAAACAGUUUUCUCUUGGUGCUAGGAGGCAAGCGGAGUCAUCAGGUAACAUUCCUAAAGACAAAGACUGGAAACACAACGAAGCAGAAGAUGUUGUUAGACAUGGCAACAAGGACAAUGAGUACAAUGCAAAACCUACUUCUGAUGUGCAUGAUGCUCCAGUUGACAUGAAGAUUCAUAGUGAAGGUUAUGAGGAAGAAUCGCCAUUAAGAUGCAAGGCAAGGCAAGAGCGGUGCCGCCGAAUAGUUGAACGUGCGGCAAAAGCUCUAGCAGAAAAGAACAUGCGAGAUCUUUUUGCUCAAAGAGAGCAGGCAGAAAGAAAUAGGUUAGCAGAGUCUUUGGAUGCUGAGGUUAGGCGGUGGUCAAGUGGAAAAGAAGGAAACUUGCGUGCGCUGCUGUCGACGCUACAAUAUAUUCUUGGGCAUGACAGUGGCUGGCAGCCUAUUCCAUUGACAGACGUUAUAACUGCUGCGGCUGUGAGGAAAGCUUACAGGAAAGCGACUUUGUAUGUCCACCCUGACAAAUUGCAGCAGAGGGGCGCUACCAUUCAACAUAAGUACAUCUGUGAGAAGGUCUUCGAUCUACUUAAGGAUGCUUGGAGCAAGUUCAACUCAGAAGGGCGAUAGUGCUUCAUGUUUCUUACAUUGAACUUGCAUCAUUAUGCUAUAUUAGUCUUCAGCUGAAAAUCUCCACUUUUAUGUUAUAGAUUGCAGGCAUACUUAAAUUUCUGUCCAUAUUUGUAUAUUUUUCUUAAUCCAGUCUCAUUUAUUCCUCAUCUUUAGUAAGUUCUGAGGGAUUUAA